AUGUCCGGCAAGGUGGUCAAGGUUGAGCGUGCCCUGUAUGGCCUGAAGCAGAGUGGCCGUGAGUGGGGGUUUGAAGCUGCCGAUGCCCUCAUCGAGAAUAGAUACGAGCAGUGCAGGGUUGACCCGUGUGUCUUCCGGAAGGUGGUGGAUGGAGAGGUCACGAGGNCGAAGAGAGAUGACGAGCCCGCGGUGGAUAAGCCUCUGAGGGAGGCGAUCGGGUGCCUGAUGUGGACGAAGCUGACGAGGCCAGACAUCACCCUGCCUCUGAACAAGCUCCAGAAGAUCGCCCACUCACCCACUGAGAGGAUAUGGAACGCGCUUGUGCGGAUCAUGUCCUACCUGAACUUCACGAAGGACUUCGGCAUCACCUACGUACGGGGGUCAGGACUAGACCUAAGCGUGUUUGUCGAUGCCAGCUACGCUGACAACGAAGUAGACAGGCGUUCUACGACCGGGCUGGCUAUGACCGUGGUGGUACCGUGGUGUAUGCACCCACCAAGACUCAGCCAGUGACGGCUCAGUCGACCUCGGAAGCAGAAUAUAUGGCAGCCGGGGAGGGCGUGAAGGAGGCGUUGUUUGUGCGUGACGUUCUGUCGUUCAUAGCGCCCGAGACGAGUAGGGCGAAGAUCAAGGUCCUUGAGGACAACAAGGGGGCUCUCGCCUUAAUCGAGAACCCGUUCAGCUCAGCGAGGAGCAAGCACAUCGACGUGCGGUUCCAUUUCAUUCGC